CACCGUCAUCCCGCCGGGCACCGGCAGCCACGUACGUCCAACCGGACACGUCCCGGAUCCGGGCGGCCAGGCGAGCCGAACUUUGCUAAAACAAGCAAAAGCUGGCGUUCUCUCAUCACCAACUCUGACCGGUGGACCCAACCCCACGUCCCCGGACCACCGCCGCCGCCCGCGAUGUUCCGCGCCGCCAUCUCCCGCCUGGGAGCCCACCUUCACCGCCACCCCUCGCCGGCCUCCCCUCCCGUCCGCGCCCUGUCCACCGGCCGCGGCAAGCGCUCGUCCCCCACCGCAGCGCCGCCCGAGCCCGAAGACGAGGGCCUCAUGCGGGGCCUCUUCGUGCUCUCCCGUGACCCCGAGCACCCGCCGCGGCUGCUGGUGGUGCAGCCGCGCCUCCGGCCCAGCACACUCCUCGACUCCAAGCUCGCCGAGGCGCUCAACCUCGCCAGCUCGCUCCAGGAGGCCCGCGACGGCUUCGACCGCGCCGACGAGUCCGCCGCCAAGGACGGGCCACCGCACCUCGUCGUCCAGAACCCCGCCUCGCGUGGCCGCAACCACGCUGAUACGUAUUUUGGACCUGGAACUGUGGAUAAUAUCAAGUGCUACCUGAGGGCAUUGGACGCAGAGGAAGAGUUAGAUGCAGUUUUCGUUAACACGCUUCUCUCGGGGAUCCAGCAGAGGAACUUGGAGGUUGCCUGGGUAAAGCCAGUUCUAGAUCGUGUUGGGCUUAUAAUUGAGAUAUUCAAUGCUCAUGCUGAAACAAAGGAAGCAAAGUUGCAGUCGGAGCUAGCAGCUCUGAUGUACAUGAAGACUAGGCUCGUCCGUGUCCGCGGGCCAGGUGGACGACUAACUUUUGGUACAAGUGGGGAGGCUGAAGUUGUCAGUGCUCGAGGGAGAGGAAGUGGUGGACGGGGUUUCAUGAGUGGUGCUGGUGAAACGGAACUUCAACUACAACGCAGGAGAAUCCAAGAUCGUCGUAUAAGCUUACUAACACAAAUUGAAGACGUACGCCGAACUAGAGCGAUACAGCGUUCAAGUCGAAAAAGGCAUGGUGGCUCGUUUGGCCAAGAGCUUGUAACUAUCGCAGUUGUUGGAUAUACAAAUGCUGGAAAAUCCACUCUGGUGAGUGCACUUUCUGAAGCUGAUCUAUACAGUGAUGACAGAUUAUUUGCAACCGUAGAUCCUCGAUUACGCAGUGUGAUUCUUCCAUCAGGGCGAAAAGCACUUCUCAGCGAUACCGUUGGCUUCAUAUCAGAUUUACCUGUACAGCUAGUGGAAGCAUUUCAUGCCACCCUGGAGGAAGUUGCUGAGGCAGAUAUGUUAGUGCACGUGUUGGAUUCCAGCGCACCUAAUCUUGAUGAGCAUCGUUCUACUGUUCUGCAAGUACUGCAACAGAUUGGUGUUUCAGAGGAUAAGAUCAACAAUAUGAUUGAAGUUUGGAAUAAGAUUGAUCUUGUGGAUAAUAAUGCCCUAACUGAUGGGAUUGAAGAUGAGAUCUUUCUCACUGAAGGUGAAGAGGAGGAAGACUUAUUUUCUGAAGACGAUGUGCCAUCAGAGCAAUCAUCUUUUGACUCCUUGGAUGAUACAGUGGAUUCAGAGUCUUUAUCAGAAGAAAAUUCUGAAAAUGGAGAUGAUAAAAUGGCAUCUGACAAGUCCUUUGAUGAGCCUAUUGAUAUGAAAGCAAUGAACUCAGAACUAUUGACGACAGAGUGUUUUAGGGAGCCUAAUGGCCCAAAAGCUGUAACUACAAGUGGUUGCACUUUGACACAGUCAGUAUCCACUUGUCAUGUGAAAACUUCAGCUGUGACCGGGACAGGAUUGCAAGAGUUGCUGCAACUGAUUGAUACGAAACUAAAUGAACAACAACAAACGGUUGUGCAGAGAAGCUAUGGGCCUUUUGAUCGAAAAUGGAGACCUUGCUCUCUGGAUGGCAAAAAAGCUGCAGAACAAACUGAUGUGAUUGAUGUACACUUGGCAGUCCAUAUUUUUCUCGAGACAGCAGGAGAGCUUCUGUAUUCACUUGCAGUCAAUACGACAUCAAGACGUCAAUGUGACUACACAAGUACAGUGCUCUUUGACUGGCAGCUGCAGUCUUGUUCAUGGUCCAACAAGCUACACACAAAACACAAUCCUAUCCUGUAACAUCGUACCUACGAGCUAUGAUCCAGUUUAUUACUAUUUGUUACGCAGUGGACUAGGAAGGCCAGUAAGAACUUCUGAAUAGGCUGUUCAUAGGCCUCUGUGACAUCAUUAUGCCCGCUGGCAUUAUGUUCAAAAAGACAAAAUUGGUGAGUAGUGUAUUGCUCUUUGAGCUACUGCUUUAGGGCCCGUUUGGUUAGGCUUAAAACUGAUUUUUGAUUUUUGUCUUAUAAGCCACAAAAUCACAUAAAUAGUUGUUUUUGACUUUGGCUUUUUGCUUAUACCAUCAUCUAACAAUAUCAGGUCAAAUGUCAAAAGCCAAAGGCAAAAGCACCUAAUUUGGUACUUUUGUGGCUUAUAAACCAAAAGUCAGAAAGCAGUUUUAAACCCAACCAAAGGCCUUAAUCUGGGCAUCAACACAAAUUCACAAUGAUUCAUGUAUGGGGCCGAUGACAUUUUGAAAUUUAAAGUUGAUCAGUUACACCAAUAAUGUAAUUCAAUCGUAUAAAUUUUAUUUGGAGGUGGUUUCCAUCUGUAAAA